CACGUUGCCAGGGCAGCGGUGUCAGGGGACAGCAGGGCCGCCGCCAUGAGCAGGAAGAGGCAGCAGCAGCAGCUGGUGGACUUGCUGGCCCGAUCCGCCAAGCACUUUAAUAAAAGCGAAGUGGAAUGCCUCGUCAAGCUCUUUGACACACUGGUGGCCGAGUCCAGCAACCGCUUUGCUGCGGUCGGCUUUGACCGUAACAUGUUCAGAGACACUCUGCACAGCGCGUUCGGCAUGACAGAUGACAUGAUCAUGGACAGAGUGUUCCGCACUUUUGAUAGAGACAACAAUAGCUGCAUCAGUGUGGUGGAAUGGGUGGAAGGCUUAUCAGUGUUUCUUCGGGGGACAUUGGAAGAAAGGAUUAAAUACUGUUUUGAAGUUUACGACCUGAAUGGUGAUGGAUACAUUUCAAGAGAGGAAAUGUUUCAAAUGCUGAAAAACAGCCUUCUCAAACAACCAUCAGAAGAAGAUCCUGAUGAGGGAAUUAAGGACUUGGUAGACAUAGCACUGAAGAAAAUGGACUAUGAUCACGAUGGCAAGCUUUCUUUUAUGGACUUUGAAAAGGCAGUCAGAGAUGAAAAUCUGCUCUUAGAAGCCUUUGGACCAUGUUUGCCAGACAUAAAGAGCAGUAUGGCAUUUGAACAGAAAACUUUCCAGGAAACUCAUAAACUGUAACUCCAAGUGGAAUAAGAUUUUUUCCUCCACCAUUCUUCACGGUAUAGUAAAAAUGGGAGCAACCUGAAACUAAGUUUCAGUAUUCCUUUACUGUAAAAGCUACUGAAUAAACAGAAUUUUCUUCACAGUU